UGAACAUGUACAUGUUGGGCGCCUAUAAAUAAGAAGUGAAUAUUCAUUGUAACUUCUGAUUGAUCAUUGGUGUAUUCAUUGUGGAAUAUCAUUUCAAUGUUGAUCAUUUGGAGGAUCUUUGUAUUAUGUUUCAUUGUUGAAUUCAUUUCAUCCGAACCACAACCUGUUCAAAUAAGCCGUGAUACCCAUGAUGUAGCCAUUCAAACUGAUAUUGAUACAUCACCACCCAGUGCAAUUAGGCUUCUAUUACAAUCAUUAGAUGAGAUUAAAUUAAUAAAUUCAAUGGUUAACAAUUUGAUCAUCAAAUUAAAUACAAUAUCACCUUCAAGUUCAGCGAAUAAGCCAAUUCAUAAUGGAUUAUUAUCAAAUCUUUGUAUCAUUUCUUAUGUCAUUCUAACAUUUAUAUUAAUAUUAAGAAAACACUGAUGAUAAUACUAUUAUUUAUGUCUAUAAUUAUGAAUAAUUUCAAAAUAUACUUAUAUAUUGUAAACAA